AUGCUCUUUAGUACAGGUGCAGAUGUCAAUAAUAAUGUCAUUAAGAAUAUCAUUAGGAAGUUGAAGUAUGACUUCAGUUAUGACACGAAGAAGGAAAAGUCGUCAAUAGUGGUGUUUUUCUUUCUGGAAUACACAAGGAGAGGAUAUGCUGCAGCAAGUGCAGUUGCCAGUAAACCCACCAGAGGGCGGAGCCACAGCAGAGAGAGUGAGAUCAGAUGCAGACUGCAGAGUGCCUCUCCCACAGCCAAAAGAUGGACGGAGCUGGAAGACGUGAAGCGGCUGCUGAAGGGGGGUUGCUCCAGCAGCAUCAGCCCCCCUCGCUCCCCCACCAGCACCCUCCCUAUCCCCAGGAAGGCCCGCGUAGAGACCAGAACCAUGCCAAACAGCUCCCAGUCAGGCCAGUACGACAGCACCACCCUGGACUUAAGAAUGCCUUCCUACAUGUGGUCAGGCCCCACGGCUGGAGGCUAUGGUUACCACAGCAACGCCAUCAACCUGUCCCCCACCUCCACCCUCCAACACUCACCUAUCACACUCACAGCCACAGGGCUUCAGAACAACCUGGCCCUCAGCUCUACAUCCAUGAACUCUGGACUCUCUGCCUCUAGCACUGUCUAUGGUGUGCAGAAAAAUGUCACAAGCACAGGGGUGUCCACAACCACAGUGGUGCCCAGCAGUCCCACCAGUGACGAGGCCAAAGAAUACACAUUCAUGCUGCUGGAGAAAGAGAACGCUCCCGUCAAAAAGGAGACGGAGAGACUCGUCAUGGCCAAAGAUACCGGCAAGCAGUUCUCCUCUGCUGCCACUGCUGUUGCCUAUUCUGAGGACUCACUGAAGAAGGAGAAGAAGAAGGUGUCCAGCUUUGUGGAGACAGCUACAGCCAGAACCACAGAAACUAACGCUGGAUCCUUGAUGAAAGUGUCAACGAAAGACAAAGCAACCUAUCCAGAGAUGCGUAAGGACGAGUCUGGAGGAGGUCUGGGCUUCUGGUCCUGCUGCUCCUGGUGGAAGUGGCUGCUGGGCCUCCUGCUGGGUCUUCUGCUCCUCCUGGGGCUCCUCCUGGGACUCAUCGCCCUGGCCGAAGAAGUCAGACGUCUUAAAGCUCGUGUGGAUGCCUUGGAACAAGCCUCCAGCUCUUCCUCAGCCCAUUCCAGUCGCCUCUCCUCCUCCUCUGCCAUCAACAUCAUAGACCCUCUGGGAUCUGCGUACAUAGACAAGACCUCCUCUACCUCCUCUACCACACUGCUCCGCUCUGAUAAUGGUAUCAAUCUGGGAGUGGCAGCAGGAGCAGGUCCAGGAUCAGCUAAUGGACGAGGCCAAGACUCUGUAGCUCUGCAAAGGGCAGUACAGCAGAUAGUCAGGACUGAGCUGCAGUCCGAUACUGUACGAGCAACACUUGCACACUCAAUGAAAGGAGCGAGAGGAGAGCCUGGGACCAAAGGUGACCAAGGUGCUCCAGGAGUCAAAGGUGAUAACGGAUUCCCUGGCCUACCAGGUCCUCCAGGUCAGAUGGGCCACAGUGGACUGGAGGGCCCGAGGGGACCUAAAGGAAAUGCAGGUGAAGCUGGUGCAGAGGGCCCCCCAGGCCAGAGGGGCCGAGAAGGACCAACGGGAUCACGUGGAGAGCCUGGUCCUCCAGGGUUUGGAGAGAAAGGGGACAAAGGUUCUCCUGGUGAACCCGGAGGCCCCGGACCUGCUGGCACUGCUGGGCCUGUUGGGCCUAAAGGGUCAGUGGGUGGUCAGGGUGCUACAGGUAUCCCAGGAACUCCUGGCCCACAGGGUUUCAGAGGUGAAGGAGGCGCUCCAGGACCGAAAGGAGAGAAGGGACCAGCUGGACCGCCAGGAAAUAAGGGCGAGCCAGGAGAGAAAGGAUCCCGCGGGACAUCAGGUGACCCAGGUCAAAAAGGACUUCCAGGACCAGACGGAACAAAGGGAUCCAAAGGACCCGCAGGUGCUCCCGGGGCUGACGGUGAAAAAGGCUCUAGAGGUGACAAGGGAUCGGAUGGAUUACCAGGUCCAAGAGGACCAGCAGGACCUCCAGGAGAUGCAGGCCUCCCAGGCAUUCCCGGGCUUCAAGGUCCGCCAGGUAUACCAGGUAAUCCAGGUCAGCCUGGAGGUAAAGGUGAAGCUGGAGAACCUGGUAGAAUCAUCAAUGCAGCUGGUUCCAGUUCGGUUGCCAUCCCCGGACCUCCAGGCAUCCCUGGACACUCUGGUGUUGCCGGAUCCCCUGGACUCUCAGGUCCUGUAGGCCCUGCUGGUCGUCCUGGGACGCCUGGUCCCAGGGGAGAAAAGGGAGAGGAAGGAGAGAAGGGAGAUCAGGGAAGGCCUGGUAUUACUGUACAGACUGUGGAAACCACAGAGAGACGUGCACCUGUGGCUAGUCUUCCUGGCCCACCUGGCCCUCCAGGGCCCCCAGGAGAACCAGGUGCCCAGGGUCUUCUAGGUAAGGGUCCCCCAGGUCCUGAAGGUCCUCAAGGAGAGCCAGGUGUACCAGGUGUUGGUGUACCUGGCCCCCGAGGAGAUAAGGGAGAGCCAGGUAGCUUCGUGCCCAACUCAGGAACCUUCUUCGCUGGGCCCCCAGGACCUGCUGGUCCAACUGGCCUUCCAGGAUCACCAGGUCCCCAGGGUUACCAAGGUGACCCAGGUCAGCCCGGUUUACCAGGAGUUCCCGGAGAUCCCGGUGUCGGUUUCCCUGGAUCCCAGGGACAAACUGGGGGUCCAGGACCAGAAGGGGACAGUGGACUUCCAGGUCCCCAAGGUCCAGAGGGCCCCGAGGGGCAACCGGGUCCAAAAGGUGAGGCUGGCGUUCCAGGUGCUCCAGGAAUCCCUGGCUACUCCAGUGGUGGAUCAUCCAGGAGUUCCCCUGUAGCGCCAGGUCCACCAGGACCUCCCGGGGCUCCCGGCCGUGAUGGGCCACCUGGGUCUGGAACACCGGACGUCCGCCAAUACAUCACAGAAUACCUCAAGAGCGAUGGUGUCAGGGAGUACAUGUCGGGACCUCCGGGUCCUCCGGGUGUACCGGGGCCCCCUGGCGGUGGAUCAGUGGAGUCCGUGGACGACCUUGCUAGUCGCGUCAUCGCAUACAUCCAGAGUGGAGGUAUUGCUAGUGGGGUGCCUGGCCCUCCAGGCCCGCCUGGCGCUCCCUGUGGAGGCAGUACAUCGCUAAAUGACAUCAUCAGCCUUCUACAGAGUGAGGAAGUGCGACGCUACGUCAUUGGUCCUCCUGGCCCUGCUGGACCUCCUGGCAUCCCAGGGAUCCCAUGGAGAGGAGGCUAUGGCUUUAAUACCCAUGAGGUGGCUGGACGAGUCCUCAAUCUAAUGAAUGAGCAGGGUAUGGUGGGCAUGCUCGGACCCCAUAGAUCUCCCGGCCCACCAGGCCAACCUGGGUCCUACAGUGACAUCUCUUAUCUUCUGCAAAAUGCUGAAUACAGUGGCGUCUUGGGCGCUCAGGGGCCUCCUGGUCCACCUGGUGUCCCAGGCCCUGCUGGCCCUCAAGGCCCUGCCGGUCCUUCAGGACAGGCCCCCUACAGCAGCUCUGGAUACAGGCUGGAGGAGGUCAAGGACUACAUACAGAGUGAUGGUAUAAGAGGGGGCAUGUUUGGGCUUCCAGGCCCCCCAGGUCCCCCUGGAUCCCAGGGACACAAGGGAGAGCAGGGUAGCUCUGGGUACGGCCACGCCUUCGACCACAGGACCAGCGAGGGAAGAAGGUUGGCUGAGACUGAGACAGACUACUCCAAUAUAGCGGUCCGAGUGACUGACUACAUCAAGUACCAUGGUCUGUUGAGGGACGUGGUUGAGAACCGGUCUCAGCUGGAGAAGUCACAGGUUGUUCAAGGACCCCCAGGACCCCCUGGCCCUCCCGGUGCGCCAGGAUUCAGCCGUGUUUUUGGAUCCCAUAGUAACGCCACUGACCUUGUGGAAUACAUCAGAGCCCAUGGAAACAUUGUGGGACCCCCUGGAAGGCCAGGACAGAAAGGGGACAUAGGACAUACAGGUCACAAAGGCGAGAGAGGACUAGAUGGAAUCCCAGGAAGGACAGGCCUCCCUGGUCUGGAGUGGAAAAGGGGGAGAAAGGAGAACACACACUCGUGACGCACAGAAGAAGGAGGAAUGUUGGUGUUUGAGAUGAUAUGAUUGUUAAAUACCCAUUAAAAAGGUGAAUGAAAGUCCUAUGAAAUAUGUCAUGAGCAUACAUGUCUGGGGGCCUAAUGCCUUGGAGUCAUUACCCAUGUGAAUAUAUUAUUUUCUAUAGGAGAAACUGUUGAACAGGACAGUAUUCCAUGCGCUGAUGUAUUGUAUUGUGCCAAAGACGUCUUUACAAUCUAUUUUUUUACUAGUGUUUGAUCUGGAGUAUGUUUCCAAUUCACCUCCUUGCAUGUUGAUAUCAAGAAUAAUUCAAAUAGGGGUGUGCUAUUUUUAUUCAAUAGCUUUUGUAUCAUUAUCGUUAUUGUACUUGAGGAAAACACAUUUCGUAUCGAACAAAACUCAAACCAUUGUCAAAAUCUUCUUUGAAUGUAUUGGUAUCACUUUCUAAAAAUAAAGCUUGGUUUAUUUAAUCAAA